AGACUAUAUCUCAUAGUAAUGUCUUUUUUACCUACAUACAUCCAUCUUAUGUACGUACCUACCCUAUAUUGAACAUAUAGAGGUACCUAAUCAUACACCGCGGGUACCUGACCCUAUCGCUGCAAUCCGUCAACCUUCACAACUUCCAUAAAAUCUUCCCUUCUCCCGUCCGCUCCAUCCUCUCCUGCCCUGCCCUCUCCCUCUCCUCCAGCCCGUAAUUCCCCCGGGCUGUCUGGACUUGAGUAUUUGUUUCUGCGGGUGGUUCGGUUUCGAAGCUUACAUGACAAUUCCCUCGCUCGAGUGGACGUUUCGCUGCCGGCCGGAUGGCCUCCUCGGCCGUGACCAUGGCCUCUACAGAGCAAACGCCCAUCACCGCCUCCGGAGCAGCGCCUCUCGUGCCCCGGAAGUUCAAGGCGUCGGAUCUGCCCCUGACCUCUGCUACGAGGUCCGCCAUUGAGGGUCUGGCACAUAGCUUCAAGAAGAAGGGUGGCUAUGAUGCCAUUCGCAAGCAAGUCUGGGAGAGGUUUGAGCAGAGUGACUACGAGGCCCAAGUUACCACGUCCAUUCUCGAAGUUGCCGAGCGAGAGGUCGAGCGCAACCCUUCCCAGCUCUUAUCCAUAGACCGCCGGAAGGCUGCGGCUCUGAUUGAUGGCGCCCUCGACCGGUCCGGAGUGUACCAAGGGGCGGAAGAGGUUCUCGACCAGCUUAUCGAUGUGCAAGCUAUCGAGACACGCAUGCGCGAGCUACGCCAAGCCGAAAUCGGCGUCGAAGCAGCCAAUGAGGAGCAGAUACGUGGCUCGAAAACCGAUGCAGAAUAUGCUGCCGAGUCGGCCCGUAGCCUGGAGGAGCGAGAACGCAUUCGACGCGAGCUGAGGGCAAAAGAAGAGGAGAUCCUCGAGGAGAAACGCAAGAUUGAGCGAGAGGAGAGGAAGAAACGGGAACGCGAGAGGGAGCAUGAGCUAGAAAAAGCCGAGGCGAAACGAAAGGAAGAGCGAGAUGCCCGAAGACGCGAACGCGAGAAGAAGGAAGCCGAACGCGAGCGCGAAAGAGACAAGGAGAGAGAGGAGCGUCGACGGGCUAGGGAGCGGGACCGGAAUAAGGAGCACGACCGGGACGGUCAACGUCGGUCCAGGACAAGGUCGAGACAUAAGUCGAGAGACCGCUCGCGCCAUCGCGAGCGAGACCGAGAACGGGAUCGGGACCGCGACCGGGACCGCGAUCGGGACCGUAGUCGUCGCCGCGAUAGUAGAGAACGGCGGCGACGCGACCGAUCCCCCAGAGGUGAAAGAGACAAUGGCAAGCCUGAAGAACUCAAGAAGGAACUCACAAAGGAGGACCAUGAAAGGCUUGAGCGUGAGGCGCUUGAGGACCUCCUGCGGGAAAGUAAAAAGAACACCACCAAACAGCCUGAGCUUGAGAUUGAUGAGGCUCUCGUGCCGCCUCCUCGAAGAACCAAACCCGCCUCUGCCAUCCAACCCAUACGUCGCGACUCGAUGAAGAACCAAGAUCCCAAGAAGACUCCCGAACUCGCAAAGCCUGAGUCUAGAGAUGUAGCGAGAGACGUCAAGGACGCUAAAGAUGCGAAGGACGCGAAGGAUGUGAGGGAAGCCAAGCCAUCCAAGGAUUCUAAAGAGCUCCCGGAGCCAAAAGAGACCAAGGACCCUAAGGACUCUAGAGACACCAAAGCUAGAGACGAACGACGAGCCAGCCCAGCUUCUUCCCGUCCCCACCGUGACCGUUCACGGGGUACGGAAGAUGGCCGAAGAAACCGCGACCGUGAUCGUGAUCGUGCACGAGAACGUAGCCGCUCUCACGCCAGACCUGAUAGGAGGGAUCGGAGCAGAUCAAGACACCGAGCUGACCCCCGAGAACGCAGCCGCUCUCGAGAUCGUGACCGGAAUCCGGAGAGAGAUAGGGACGUUUACCGACCCGGUCAGCGGGAGAAAAGCCGCUCUCGGGUGCGAUCCCAUCGGGAUAGGCAUGAGAGAAGCCGUUCGCGAGACCGAUACAAGCCCGACCGUCGGGAGCGAAGUCGUUCCCGGGUCAGGGAUGAUCGAGACAGACGUGACCAUAGUCGCCUACGAGUACGGUCCGAUCGACGGGAUGAUCGGCGCGACAGAUCUCGCUCUCCCCGGCCUCGAACUGAGAGGCGAGACCGCAGCCGCUCGAACUUGCGAUCCGACCAUCGGGCACGUAGCAAGUCUACCAAGCGUGCACGCAGUCGAGACGCGGAAAAGGAGCGCGGGAGAGGACAAGAUAAGGAGCGGGUCCGGAGAAGUCGAUCUCGCUCACGGCCCACUACUACAGCUAGCAAGCCCGAGCUCACCGACGCCGAGGCGUGGAAGCAAGGAGAAAUCAAGAAACGCGAACAGGAAGCCAAGGCCUAUUUAGCUGCACAGCGCGAAGCUCGCGAGAAAGGGCUGCCCAUCCCAGGAGUCGAUGACAAGCGUAGCACGGGCGACCGCUCGCCCGAGAUCAAGAGAUCACGCGCCCCUGACGAGAUCGACCGGUACAGGCCCGGAGAUCGCGAAAGAGAGAGGGCCGACAAGUACCGAGAUCGGGAUCGAGAUCGAGAGCGGGACCGGGACCGGGACCGGGAUGAGCGGCGAGACAGGCGGCGCAGUCGGACGAGAAGCCGCAGCCGCCGUCGGGAUCGGGAUCGGGAUCGGGAUCGGGAUCGGGAUCGUGACCGCGAGCGUGACCGUUAUCGUGGGGAGGGAGCUCGGGACAGGGAUCUUGAUCGGGAGCGCGAUCGCGACAAGGACCGAGACAGGGAUAGACGCAGCCGCCGUGACAGAAGUACCGAGUCACGACGAGAGCGCAGGGACCGAAGCGUCGAUUCUAGAAGAGAACGACGGGACAGAAGCCGCAGUCGCAGGCGAAGCAGAAGCCCCCGCUAGGGUCGGCAUCUGCUGCGGCCGGCCAGCCAGCAACAUGGCCUAGUAUCGUGCGGGCCGCACUCGGAGCCUCCCCAUAGCUGGGGUAAGGGCUUGGGUGCAUGGCCUCGCCAUGACAUGUAAAUUACUGUAAUAGGCGGUGGUCUUUGGGACGGGCCGGCGUGACUGGCGUUAUCAAAAGGAUGCAUCGACCUCGGGCUUUCGCGACCUAAGCUGAAUACGUGCCCAUCACGGGCUAGUAGGUCGUACCUUAAAUUUGCGGGUGUCUACAGGUUGCUCUCUCUCUCAAGAUAAUUAAAAGGGAAUACUGAGAUUACGGCACCCCGUUGCUACAUGUGUAGGGGGGGGAGUGGAUUGUUACGGUUCGCGCUCGUGAUGCAGGCGGGCAUCGAACACAUUAGGGAGCUAAUCUUCACGAUCUCUUCACCUUCAUCGGUAGGCAUAAACGUGCACGUGCAUAUACGAUACACGAUGCACGAUAAAGGGUUUUGAGAGCACCCGGACACCACCAAUCGGGUGCGAUUUAGCAAUU